CUGGAUCAGUGUGUAGGGAGGGCAGUCAUCACGCCAUCCUGAGCAGCAAGAGCUGACGUUGGACGAAGCUGCCAGGUAGCUGAAAAAAGGCACAGAAGGCAGCUGAUACCCACUUUUCAACGGUUUGUGUUUUUUUUUUUUUUUACUCUGUAUCUGGACUUCAAGCAACACAGCGCCUGAGACAGCUCAUCUGAACCACACAGUAUUGCAAUACUCGCUCUUCUCAAAGAAAAAGGCUCCACUGAGCAGCAGAAUGCUGCCAGUGUCGCAGCUAGGGCUACAAUACAGAGCCUUUUUGUAACAUUGCAAAUUUCUUUCUGUUCAGAUAUUUGAAAUACAUACACACACUCGUAUAUCUGUUCUUUCUUUUUUGAGGAGACCUUUGGCUUUUUUUUAAUUUUUUUUUAUUUUUUUAUUUUUUAUUUUUUUUAAUCCUGAUGUGACUUCUUCAUCUUGGGAUGAUGGGGAUCUUUCUAGCUUAUAUUGGAUUCAUUUUCUUUUCAGUUAUGUAUAUUCAACAAGGACUUUCUACCCAAGCAAAAUUCACAGAGUUUCCCCGAAAUGUCACAGCCACUGAAGGGCAGAACGUGGAGAUGUCUUGUGCUUUCCAAAGUGGCUCUACUUCGGUGUACCUUGAAAUCCAGUGGUGGUUUCUGCGGGCAGCUGAGGACCAAGAGGCUGGAGCAGAGGUGACAGGCACUCAGGUGGAGCUCCUGCCCGAGCGGGACCUGGACAGCGACGGCACGAAGAUCAGUACAGUAAAAGUACAAGGGAAUGACAUCUCCCACAAGCUGCAGAUUUCAAAAGUGAGGAAAAAGGAUGAAGGCUUAUAUGAGUGCAGGGUGACCGAUGCCAACUAUGGAGACCUUCAGGAAUACAAGGCGCAGGCAUUUCUCAAAGUCAAUGCUAACAGCCACUCUCGGCGGAUGCAAGCCUUUGAGGCAUCUCCAAUGUGGUUGCAAGACAUGAAACCUCGUAAAAACAUCUCAGCAGCUGUCCCAAGUAGCAUCCACAAUUCUGCCAAUCAGCGUGUACGUGCCACCUCCAGCCCCGAAGCAGCAGCCAAAAUCCCCAAACAAAGUCCACAAUCAGCAAAGAGCAAAUCGCCUGUAAAAUCCACGGAGCGGACAGCAAAGUUGACCCUAACCUCCAACCACCACUCUGCACCCAAUGUACUCUAAAUCUCUACACAAGGAGCACCUUCUUCAGGAAGUACAAACAAAAUUACUAAAUAAAUAAAAUAAAAUAAAAUGAAAUAAAAUAAAAUAAAUAUUAUGAAAAAGAAGAGGAUACCACAUGUUUUCUUGAUAUAUCUUAUUUUCUUUGGCGUAUCACUGAUAUUUUAUUUGAAGAGAACUGGUGUGAUGUAAUCAAAUAUUUUGUAACAGCAAGACCUAGUUUUCUUUUCUUUCGGCAAGGAGAAGCCUCAUCCUUGACUUCUCAGGGGUUGGCCUGCGAGUCCUCAGUAUGACAGAAUUAACCAUGGAUGACAUUUGAUUUCCUACACUGAAAGAACCAUUCCAGCCUGGAAGCAAAAAGAGGCCAAACAAUGAAACAAACCAUAGUGAUUUAGCAUAAAUAGGAUACAGUCAAACUUUUUUUUUUUUUUUUUUUUUUUUUUUUUUUUUUUUUUUUUUUUUUUCCCAUGAGGAAUAGGGAGGAGAAAAUAUAUUCUACAAAGCAGCUCAGCAGCCUAGGGGAUGUUGUUUCUGAAAGACAUAUGAGGAUAUUUUUGUUUUGAGAUUUUUUUUUCUUUUUACUUUUCAAUAUAUUAUUCUUUUCCCCCUUUUAGGUUUUUUUUUCCUGUCUUUCUGAUUGUUUCUUGUUCAAUGGUGGCAAGUACCAGCUUAGGCCAACCCCUGAUGACUAUGUGGAGGUUUAUAUAUAUACAUCCUUUUUUUUGUGCGUGUGCGUUCUAUAUUUCAGUGUGUUUUCUCUAAUUUUGCAACUCCUGUAUAUGCAAAACUAACUUAAAUUCUGUAAAUUGCUUACAGUCUGUGUGAUAUAACUUCAGAGUAGACAUACUUUGGUCCUCCUGCAAGCCAGUUUUUAAUAUUAUCUAUGUCGUGCCACCAAGAAACAUCUUUAUUUUAUUUUUUUACAAAACACCACUUUUUAGUUUAUAAUUCAGUAAUGUGUGGAUUUUGUAAUGCAUAUCUUCACUUUGACUGGUUUGACUCCCUUCAGCCCUCUGUUUACUCUGUAAAUGCACAUUAAAAUUUGUUAUGGUCUCUAGACAAUGAAUUAUUUUAGUUUGUAUGUUGUGUUGGAGUUCAGAUACUAAAAGCUCUUUGAACUUGUGAUGUUUAUAGAAGAUGAAGCAAUUCAAUCACUAGAGACUGUAAAAUGCAGGAUUGCAGUCAAAUACUGCACAUAAAGAAAGGUAAGAAAUAGAAAAUAGACAAAUAAACCAGAACAUGUCUUUAAGAAUGUUCUUUUGGUAAAGAGUUUUAGAAAAGUGAAUUUAUUACACUGAUAAAAUAUAUUUGCAUCACAGCUCCUUCUACAUGGCCAAAGAAGUGUCUUUCUUUGCUUUUUCUGAAAGUGGAUUGUCAUUACUCAUUGAUAUUCUUAAUUAAAAUACUUUUUUGUCUGUGAAUUGAA